GCCAAAAUGAAAUUGCCCAAGGAUUUUUUGGGUUUGUGUGGCCUUUUGAAUUGGGGCCUAGGCACAUCGCUGUUGCUCUACAUUUUGAUCGGUUUAUUUGGCUACUGGCACUACGGCGAUACGGUUAAGGAUAGCAUAACAUCGAAUUUGCCUCUGGAUGAUAUCUUUCCACGCUUGGCAAAGCUGAUGUUCGCAGUGGCAAUAUUUCUCUCAUUUUCCUUGCAAGGCUACAUUACGAUUCAGGUGUGUUGGCGUCGAUACGCAGACUAUCUCGGGCUGAAGGAGUCACAUCCUCUCGAGUAUGUGUUGCGUAUUGCCAUUGUUUUGGGAACAGUGAUGGCGGCAGUCAUGAGUUCGGAACUGGUGCUGAUACUCUCGCUCGUUGGCUCUUUUUCACUCUCCUAUCUGGGUUUGAUUUUUCCCGGUGUGAUGGACUUUUGCAUGCGUUACAGCUUCGGAUUUGGACCAUGUAAAAUCUAUUUGUGGCAAGACUUAUUUCUGGUGAUUUUCGGGUUGGUAGGUGGCGCUGUGGGUACUUGGUUUUCCAUUGUUCAUCUCUUCGUAAACUAUGAGAAUGAGUCCUGACGGUGCUAAGGUUUGUGUAGAAGCAUCUAACUUAAAGUUAAUGUUUAUUAAAGGAAUUAAAAAUAAUGUUCCAUUGGUAAUAAAUG